AUGCCGAGCACAUCGAUGGUCAGUCCCUCGCAGGCAGAUAUGCAAUGGCGGGCUCGAAUUGGCUCGGAGGAGUUCUGGGCUACCUUUCCUCCGCUGUCCCCACGGCCGGAGGUUGGUUCCGGAGGCAUAGAGAGAAAAGCCGGCGGGCUAGCGCAGAAUUGCUGGGCACGGUCCUCCUGCCAGGUCUGGUCCCCAUUCGGCUCAAUGCAUCCCUACGACUUGGAGCACAACCAGGCCGGGGGCUGCUUAGACGUAGACUUUUUUUGGGCUGAAUCCCAGAGCACAGGUCUGCCAGAGAAGGUACAGGGUGCACAGGGUGCACAGGGUGCAGGCCGAUGCCCCGGCCACUUCGCCUCCCCCCCAGCAGUGUCUCACUCGUUUUCUUUGGCGGCCCAGGCGAGAAGCGAAGUUCACAAAGAUCUUGCAGGCCAUGCUGAAUCCAAUGCACUCGCAUGGGAAUGUGCCGCCAAGCUGGCUCUCCCUGCGGCCUGCACUGACAGGUCCAGCAAGGUGUCCAGCAGGGCGGCCGAGCUGGUCCUUGACACAGGAAAGCAUCUUUGCCUUUCACCUUCUGGGGUUUCGUGCUGCCGUCGUGCUGCCGUGGCAUGGCAGUGGCCACCAGGAGCCGCUGCAGGAGCCCGAGAGUUGAAGGCGGAGCUGCACCAGGCGCGCGGCGUGGCGGACUGA